CACCCACCCCUUCCCACCCAGAAUAUUUCCUCCUUUUAUAAUUUUCUUUUCCCACUUAUCCCUUCCGUUCUCAGCCUCUUCUAUUUUGCUUUACCCCCUCAGUUUUUUUCGAGCGAAUUGGGAAGGUAUCUGGCGGUCAGGGCCUGGUCAGUUCUGUCUCUUCGUUCGAACAAACCUCACAACGACGACGAGAAGGUCAAUCCACCGGCAGGGCAGUCAAAUCAUCUUGAAACGGGCUCGAUGUUCCUAAAACGAUACGGUUGAUUCGCUACAACGUACUCUUCAUCGAACUUUUCCAAGCCUGUCAGCUCGGAAGUUGCUGUCCCAAGUCUCCUACCUAAUUGCUCCGAGACACACCGUCGUCCCCCUGGACACCACUCGUCUCGACCAUGGAUCCGAGCAGCAAACGACUCCUGUCCGACGACGGCAGCAGACGUCGUCGCUCACAGGAUUCAGACUCCGACAUUGACGUGACCGAACACCUUAGGCCCAAGUCUACAGCGACAUCUACACAACCUGCCUUCCUCGGCGGCCCGCGGCCCGGUCCGUUUUCCUCGCUCCGCAGACCUUUCAAAGGCCGGUCCAGAUGCUGUGUCAUCGUCACCUGCGUCCUUCUCGGACUCUGGGCCAUCCUCAGCGCCGGGGGUGCCGUUUUCUACACCAAGUACAAGGAGGCACCCCCCACCGGGGAGUCUCCCCCUUGGUACCCUGCUCCGAAGGGCGGCACCCUCAAAUCCUGGGCCGAUAGUUACAAGAAGGCCGCCGACAUGGUCUCCCGCAUGACUCUUCCCGAGAAAGUGAACAUCACCACUGGCACCGGUUGGAGGAUGGGUCUGGCCGUCGGCACCACCGGCCCGGCUCUGCACGUCGGCUUCCCUCAGCUGCAGCUUCAGGACGGCCCUCUCGGUAUUCGCUUCGCCGACAACGCCACCGCUUGGCCGGCCGGUAUUACCACCGGCGCCACCUUCAACAAGGAGCUCUUUUAUCUGCGUGGGAAGGGUCACGGCCUCGAAACCCGGCAGAAGGGCAUCCACGUCCUCCUCGGCCCGUGUGUGGGCCCUCUCGGCCGUAUGCCAGCCGGAGGCCGCAACUGGGAAGGUUUUGGCUCCGACCCCUACCUCCAGGGCAUUGCUGCCGCCGAGACCAUCAAGGGCGUCCAGGACCAGGGCGUCAUGGCCACCAUCAAGCAUUUCGUUGCCAACGAACAGGAGCAUUUCCGCCAGAGUUGGGAGUGGGGCCUGCCCAACGCCCUCUCCGCCAACAUCGAUGACCGUACCCUCCAUGAGCUCUACGCAUGGCCCUUUGCUGACUCGAUCAGGGCCGGCGUGGCCAGUGUCAUGUGCUCGUACAACAUGGUCAACAACAGCUACGCCUGCGACAACUCCAAACUCAUGAACGGCAUUCUCAAGGACGAGAUGGGCUUCCAGGGUUUCGUCAUGUCCGAUUGGCUGGCCCAACGCUCUGGUGUCGGCAGUGCCCUGGCCGGCCUGGACAUGACCAUGCCCGGUGACGGUCUUUUUUGGGAAGAUGGCAAGUCCCUCUGGGGCGGCGAGCUGUCGAGAGCCGUUCUCAACGGUUCCGUCCCCGUCGACAGGUUGAACGACAUGGUCGUCCGUAUCGUUGCGGCCUGGUAUCAGCUCGGCCAGGACAACAAGGAACUCUACCCCGAGGAGCUGCCCAACUUCUCCUCGUGGACCAAUGAAAAGAUGGGCGUACUCGCCCCGGGUAGCAAGACGCCGCAGGAGGAAUCUGAGGUCAACCAAUACGUCCAGGUGCUGCUGCCUCAUAAGGACCUUGCUCGUCAGGUCGCUGCCGAAGGAACCGUCCUCUUGAAGAAUGAGGGUGUUCUGCCUAUCAGCAGGGACGGGCUGGUCGGCAUCGAGCAGAAGAAGCUUCACGAUGGCAAGCUCAAGGUCGGUGUUUUCGGAGAAGACGCUGGUCCCGGCAAAGGUCCCAACUACUGCAAAGACCGCGGUUGCAACCAGGGUACUCUGGCCGAGGGAUGGGGCAGCGGGUCCGCCGAGUUUCCCUACCUCAUCACGCCCGCUGAGUCCCUGAAGAGGGAGUUCGACGAGGACAAGGUGACCAUCACCGAGCAUCUGGACAACAAGCUCGACUACUACAAGAGAAACCCAUCUGUUCUUGCGGAACAGGACAUUUGCUUUGUCUUUGCCAACUCGGACGGCGGCGAGGGCUUCCUCGCUUGGGGCAGUGUCGGUGGCGACCGCAACGACCUUUCGCUGCAGAAGGGUGGGGACGACCUGAUUGAACACGUCGUCGAGAAGUGUGGAAAUGGUAACGGAGACACCGUCGUCGUCAUUCACUCCGUGGGCCCCGUUGAUAUGGAGCGCUGGAUUGAGUUGCCCCGCGUGAAGGCCGUGCUGUACGCCAACCUCCCCGGCCAAGAGAGCGGAGAUGCGCUGGCGGAGCUCAUCUUCGGCGACAUGAACCCGAACGGCAAGCUGCCGUACACCAUUGCCAAGUCGCUCAAGGAUUAUGGCGAGGGGGGCCAGAUUAUGUAUCUGCCCAACGGCGUCGUUCCCCAGCAAGACUUCAAGGAGGGCCUCUACAUCGACUACCGCCACUUCGACAAGUACAAUAUCGAGCCCCGCUUCGAGUUCGGGUUCGGCCUGUCGUACACGACGUUUCAGUUCUCGAAUGUCAAGGUCAAGUCUGUCAAGGACAAGUCGCCGCUUCCUUCGCCCCGGCCCGCCGCGAGCGCCGAGCCGCCCACCUUCGACGAGUCGAUUCCCGAUCCCGAGGAGGCCCUGUGGCCCUCCGAUCUCCGCCGGCUGGAGCGGUACAACUAUCCGUACCUCGACUCCGUCGACGACAUCAAGCAGGACCCUUACCCGUACCCAGAGGGAUACGAUGUCGCUCAGGCCCUCUCCCAGGCGGGCGGCGACCAGGGCGGCAACCCCGACCUGUGGGAGACCUACGUGACCGUGACGGUCGACGUUACCAACACGGGUCCCGUGGCCGGGAAGGUGGUUCCCCAGCUUUACCUGUCGUACCCCGACACCGAGCCCGAGAUUGACUUCCCGGUCCGCGUCCUCCGCGGGUUCGAGAAGUUCAACCUGGAGAAGGGCGAGAAGAAGAGCGUUUCGUUUGACCUGACGCGGAGGGACCUCAGCUACUGGGAUGUCGUGCAGCAGAAUUGGGUCAUGGUUACUUCUGGACAGUACUCGUUUGCCGUCGGGCAGAGUUCAAGGGAUCUGCCCGUUGUUGCCAAGUGGUAGGCUGCGACCUGCGCCGUGAUAAAAUAAGUGAAGAAAAGUGUAUUGGGGG